CUCAAUACUUUUGUGCCCUUGUGGACUUACAAGCCAUGUUUUUAGUUUUCAUUUGUUCGCUUUUAAUUAUCUGGCCUAAUCUGCUCCUCGAGGCAGCUGCUUCUAAAGGUGGUCAUGAUAUCUACCGCCCCCCACAAACUGUUCGACAGCAUGUGUUUGUGAGAGAAGAAUUCCGUUAUUUGAACGUCCCCAGAAUUGGAUCCUACACAGUUGAUGAUAGCAUUGACUGUGCAUUUAAUUGCCUCAGUCAUACGUCAUGUUUUUCUGUGAACCUGGCCGCGUCUAGAGGAAUGGACGGAAAGUUUUGGUGCGAGCUGCUCUCUUCUGACAAAUACAGAAACUCCACUGAACUCCUUGGAAACAAGAGCUCCCAUCAUUUCGUCAUUAAGUCUCCCUGUUCUUCCUCGCCAUGCAAAAAUGAAGGGACCUGUGUACCAAGUUACAAAAAUGGCAUCUUUGAAUGCCUCUGCAAGAAAGGCUUCAUUGGAGAUUUCUGCGAGAAAGGCUUCAAGUCCUGUAAAGAUGCAUGCAAUUCAUACAAGCCGAACGCCGGCGAGUUGGUUACCUUACACUUUGGCUCGAAAACAACUUCCGUUCUCUGUCAAAUGGGAGAUUUUGGAUGUGGAGAUGGUGGAUGGACACCAGUUAUGAAGAUUGAUGGCAGUAAAAACACUUUUCCGUUCAGUGCGGGAUACUGGACUGACAAAAGCGAAUACAAUCCGUCUGGUGCAACGACUGGCUUCGAUUCACAAGAGACCAAAUUACAAACGUACUGGAAUACACCCUUUUCCAAGGUCUGUCUCGGUAUGAAGGUUAACGGACAGUUGAGGUUCACCGUUAUCAACAGCCAGGCUUCCUCUCUUCACUCUUUGAUUGCUGAUGGCCAGUAUCGGUCCACUUCACUGGGUCGGAACAAGUGGAUAGCGCUCACUGAUUCAAAGGCUUCUCUUCAACUCAACUGCAACAAGGAAGGAUUCAAUACCCAGACCAUCCAUCGCAGAGCAAGAGUCGGAAUCCUUGGGAACAACGAAAACGACUGCAAUACAUGUGACUCUGUAAUGGGGUUUGGUAUUGACAGCACAGCUUGCGGUGAUCUUCAUUCCUUCAGAGCCAUGUGCUACAUCUUGGUUCAGUGAUGAUUUGCGUUUAAAUGAAUUUUAAAACAGCUCCAAAAUAGAUAAGAUGAAGUCAUCCAAGAACAGUGUGUAAAAAUGCAGGACUUAAACAUGACGUGUAUAUGAACGCCUCGAGAACACUGCGAUUAAGCACCUAUCAUCCGAGUCUCGCAAAUCAGAAUGUAUGAUGCUCGUAAAAGCUUUGUACAGCUUUUCUUGUGCCAUGUGUGUUUGUAAGUGAAAAAAC